GGGGCCGCCGGCAGAGCGCCGCGACCGCCGGGACGAGCAGACCAGCGCCUGCCCGCGUCCGUCAGCCGCUCCAGCAUGGACCUCCGCGCCCUGGCGCUGCUCGCCUUCGCCCUGGCCGUCAUCUCCCUCUCGGAGGAGAAACCCGUCAGCCUGACUUACCGAUGUCCCUGUCGAUUCUACGAGAGCAACGUGGCAAGAGCCAACAUUAAGCACCUCAAAAUCCUCUCCACACCUAACUGCUCACUUCAGAUUGUUGCAAGGCUCAAGAGCAACAGCAAGCAAGUGUGCAUUGAUCCCAAGUUAAAGUGGAUCCAGGAAUAUCUGGAGAAGGCUUUAAACAAACCACGUCAUCGCACUCAUAAAAAAAAGCAACAGAAGAAACGGGGCCCCCUCUGCCCUUCCCGUGCAACAUCACUAAAGUCUCCAGGGAGAAAGAAUGGAGGUUCAAGAUGUAAGAGCCAAGCAUUGUAAGCCGUCUACAGGAUUUCUUACUGUAGGACCCAGACAGCAGAUAACCAGUAUUAGGGAAUGAAUACAUUUUACUGUUAUCAUGCAGCACAAAAGCAACGCUUCACGCAUUUCCAAAGGGUUUUUUUCUUGUUUGGUUUUUUUUUCCCCUUGCACAAAUUAGCUUGCUUUCACAGUGCUAUUUUUAUAUAGUAAGAUGUAACUAUUCAAAAAAAUAUAUGUUUUUUACAGGUUGGUUUAUUACUUAGCACUGGGGGCAGAUACCAAUUUAAACUAGCCCUAUGUUAUGUAAUAUUUUAUUACCCUUGUUAUGUAGAGGUCCUGCUUUAUUUAACUUUCUCUUGGUUCAUGCAAGUCUCCUGGAGUUUUAAACCGAGAAGGACAUGAACUGUACAGUGCAAUGAUGUUUUGUAAGUAGUGGAGGAACUCCUUGCCUCCGGAAGUCAUAGAGGCCAAGAACAUAGGAAGGCUAAAAAGCAUCAGAUAAAAGCAGACAGCGUUACCCUGGGUGGAAUAUUGGGUGAGGGAUUAAACUCAGGGCUACAGGGCUAAAACCGUUCUCUGAAGAUCAGAAACCUUGGCCACAGCUAUGAGCAGCUGGGCCAAUGGAUGUUUGGUAUUUCGGUGCUAGUACUUGGUUUGUAGUUGUUGUGUGUAUUAGGAGCCACAACACCAAUCUGAUGUCAGCUGGCAUUUCCUAUGUUCCUGUGUUUCUGAUGACAAAUUUAGCAAAAAAAAAAGAAGGAAUUGGUUAUUAAAGCUCUAACCACACGACCAUGUUGCAAGCUGCUGGAGAAGUCAGAUAUGCUGCCAUGCACCAGAUAUCUCUUCCCACCAUCCACAGGAGGUGACUUCAGCUUGCCUGUCUGGCUUUGCACAGAAGUAGGCUGAGGUGCAGUCACACUUCACUAAUGAUGCUGUAGGUCUGCUACUGAACAGUCACACCUACCUGAGGGCAGUCACAUCUUUGAUUGCUCUGGAGACACCCAGAAGAGGAUAUCUGGACAUAUCUUUGGAGAAAAGAGAUGCCUGGGGCAAGAGAGGGUCUGUCUAGUGUUUGGAAGGAGUGGCAUUUCUUGGGUGUGGAAAUGAAGGCCAACACACUGUUCACCAGCUGUCAUGGCCUUGUUUGAUGGUGAACGGAUUAGCCUCUGGAAUUUCCUUUGCAAAGAACAUCUGGGGACAGGCACCACACCUUGUACCAACCCCUCUCUAAGCCAGAAGUUUCUUUUUCCCAAUUUCUUCCUGUAAACACAAUAUCUGCUAUAUAGUAUAUGGAAAGACACCUGCAGCACUGAUAAUCGUGUUAUGCUGUGCACUGGGAUCUGGGGGAAAGCACAUUAGUGCAGCACAAUGCUUGUGUUUGUAUGUAUUUUUGUCUGUAUUGUAAACAAAAAAGUGUUGUAAGGUUGUCUUUUUUUUUUUUUUGAGCUGGUUGCUUCAAAAGGAAUCUUCCCUCUUCCCUGCAACCUGUGUUGGAAACACUGAGAGGAGGUGUUUCACUGAUCACUCCUUUUUUGUGGUAGGCAUCUUUAGUGCCAAAGUGGCAUUUCGUCUAGCCAGGGACUACAUUAUUUCCUUGUGGAUUCAGGUAAAAAUCUUGUAAGUAUUUUCGUCUCUGCAAAACAGGGUUAGUGCAGAGAGUCCUUCAGCUGGGACCACAUCACCUCAUUUGCUUUAAAGCAGAAACCCAACUGCUGUGCCUAAAAUGUUUGUGUGUGUGAUUUUGACAUUCCUUCUCUUGUUAUCAUACCAGCCUGGUGCUUUAAGUAAUUUUUGUCUCUGUUUUGAAAGGUCUGGUACCACUGUAUUUGACGAGAAUUGAAGUGUUGAUUUAGUGAGUAGGAUCAGAUCCCCUCUUUAAAGGCUAAAGACUGAAAGAAAUUUUAUGAGAAAACUAGAGUUCCUAGUAUCCUCCCUGGAACUAUACUUCAUAUCUUAGGGUCCAUCUCCUGUCCCACGCAUGCACCUGCAAUUGCAAGUGUUUUGUGAGAGGCAGACGUGUGAGUAUCAAAGCCAAGAAUGACUGCAGGGAAAGUGUGCAAGAAUCUUGGUUUUGACACAGACACAGAAGUUCUUCUCACCCAGGAAGGUGCAUUCUUCACACAUGAUUCCUAUCGAAGGACAACUUGAGGUCUGAUUCAUUCCCAUUGGAGUAGAUGGAGAAUUAAAUAACUCUCUGAUUUUGAUUAAGCAGUGUAUCUUGCUAAUGACAACAUUAUUUCACUAGGGGAGACAUUGGCUUUCUGGUGAGAAGAUGAGUGUGUAGUUGUGACUGCACAGCUUUGCCAGUGCUCUGCUGCAGUCCUUGUUAACAGGGAGUGCAUCUGGGGUCAGCACCAUCAGGGGAAGGUCCCUGGGAAUAUGCCAACCCCACAUUACAGCCUGGGCAAACAAACUGCUUUGACAGGAGCAUUGAGAUGGGCAGUGCUGAUGCACCCCAGCCAAACCCCAGGAUCCCAGCUCUGGACAGUAUAGCAUCUUCUCUUCUGGGUGCAAACUAGUAGGUGCUGCAGGGGUAGACUGUGCUAAAGGAAGGGCAUUAGCUCCUGGGAGAAACCAUGAGCAGCAGCAGGAAGGAAAGGCACUCCAUGCAAGGCUGGGGAACAUUUACAGCCAGGUGGUGAUUGUCUGGGUGCCUUGUGGGCCAUCUGCCCCUGACAUUUCUUAGGACCCACACGGUGAUCUAGGCCCUGACACCUUUGUGCUGGUGACACUUCACUACUUAUAUAACUGAGACCACUCAGGGUACGGGGCUGCUCUCAGGGGCCAGCACCAUGUCCCUCUCUCACCUGGGCAAGGUUGAGCACAGCUUGAAUGCAGAUGUGGCACAGACCUGGUAGGAGACUUAAGUGAGAAUCUGAUAAAACCUUUCUCUUGCUUUAAACCAAAAUUCAAGCUUGAGUGGGAAGCUUUGCUCUGUGCCUGACAUUAUUUGUGUGAUGUGUUGGGAAGAAGAGCCAUGCCCUUCGCACUACAGAAAUCAAUCCCUGGGCUGCCCCAGUGCACCACAUGUCAUUCCUUCCCUACACCACAAGUAGAGCAAGCUGAGAAGCAGCACUAUCAGAAUCUCGCUUGAGGAGAGUACUUGGUUUUCCUUUCUGCCUUUAACUGUUGACCAAAGACAGAAUCAGGGAAAGGAAGCGUGAGGAGAUGGGAGUGAGGUAGAGAGCAUAUGAGAAGUGGAGGGCAAAGAGAUGACACUGAACUGUGCUUAAAAAGCAGCUUCCAUAAAUGUGAAAUCAUCAUGUGGGUAUUUUCAAUGUGCAGCUGUCGAAUCCCAAGGCUGGAUUAUUUUUUAAGUCUAGAUGGUAUUUAUUGCUGUGUAAUUUUUUUUAUUUAUACUAGCUUUAUACUUGUAUGUAUGAAUAUCUUAUCUGAAUUCUGCCUAAGGAAGGAUGAAGGGUGACUUUCUGAUGUGUUUUUAACUAAGGUGUUUUAGAAAUGGUGACUGUUUAUUUUGCAAUGAAGGCUAUAUUUGAAGAUAAAUAUACAUUUUCUGUUGAAAAUGCAGUUCCUAUAGAAUUUUUUGUGGCCAUUUUCCAUUUGUUAGCCUCUAAAGGGUCCUUCUUUUCCCUGGCAAAUUGUUUUGAGUGAUGUGAUUUAUAGUACCCAGGAUUUUUUGUGACCUCAUCACCUAAAAUCUAAUUUUUUUUUUUACCAAUAUCGCACCAAGACAAGCCUUGUCUGAAAAGACGAAACCCUGGUGGCCACAGAGAAGAAAACAUGUAUGAAAAUAUGUAAGAAAAGGGCUGCAUGCUCCAUCUUCUACUCCUUAACAACUCCUUUUUGUCAGAAUUGUCACAAUGUGGUAAAUACUGUACUUUAUAUUUUUAUUAAGUAAAAAGAAAUAUCUUCCCAAAUAAUGUGAAAAGAGUUUUGUAUUUGUGUUUCUGUAAGGCAGCUUUUAUGGAGGAGUUAUAUUAUGCUUUUGAAAUUACUCCUUUCAUAGAAAAUUUUGAAAAUAAACACUUUUAUAUUGUUGUAAUUUCUCUCAUAAAUGUGUAU